CUGUGUUUCAUAUACACCCGGGUGAAUCCACUGUUUACCACGUGUGUUUUUGAACGUUUAGAACAUAUCAAAAUUAUGUGAAUUCUAUUAAUUUUACUGCUUUUUAACUAAAACUUUGUAUUAAUUUAAGAAAAAAAGUGCUUUAGUAUCAAAAUAGUAUAAAUAAAGUUAUUAAUUUCCAGCAAAAUGUCUCAAAGUAAAAUAUUCUGCAGAAAUCGUGCCUUAGGUUAUGUUAGCAAUGAAGUGCCACACGUGACAAGAUAUAUACAAAAUAGAAAAGAAAAUUUAAUAGUAACUUGUGUGGGAAAAUCCUUUCACACUUAUGGAUUUACUCAUUUUACAUUAUUGAGUGUUUCCGGCACUCAUCCUGGGGACAUAACGUGUAUGGCAGCCGACACUUAUCACGUCUACACCGCGAGUGAAAAUGAAAUAUUCGCUUGGCGACGAGGUAAUGAAUUAGUUCACAAUUACAAGGGACACGAAUCAACGGUUCAUUGUUUACUUCCCUUUGGUCCACAUUUAUUAUCAGUUGACGAGGACAGUAAUGUCAAGGUAUGGGACAUUAAAUCCGAGACUUCUAUUGUUGAAUUAAAUUUCAGCAAUCGGUCAUUCAAGAUAACGAAAAUGAUGCACCCGGCGACUUAUAUGAACAAAAUUUUAUUUGCCAGCGAACAGGGUGAGUUGCAAUUAUGGAAUAUUAAAACUUUGAAGAUGAUUUACAAGUUCCAAGGAUGGAAUUCGGCGGUAACGGCUUUAGAACAAGCACCGGCUGUUCAUGUCGCUGCGAUUGGUUUGGCGAGUGGGAAAAUUAUUUUACAUAAUUUAGAAGUUGACGAGAGUAUUUUUGAAUUGAUACAAGACUGGGGAUUAGUGACAAGUAUUACAUUUCGAAGUGAUGGGUAUGAAAUAAUGGCAACCGGAAGUUUAUCCGGUCACAUUGUUCUUUGGAAUUUAAAUACAAAAAAAGUCGAGAGUCAAAUAUUGAACGCUCACUUUGGAGCUGUGACGGGAUUAAAUUGUCUUCCGAAUGAGCCUUUGAUUAUUUCCACAUCGCCUGAUAAUUCUCUGAAAUUAUGGAUUUUCGAUCAAGACGACGGUGGGGCGAGAUUAUUGAGAAUUCGUGAGGGUUUCGCGAAACCACCGACAUACCUUCGUUUUCAUGGAAAUGAUGGGGAUAAUGUUGUAACAUCGGGUGAAGAUUCAUCGUUGAGAAUUUUUUCCACUUUAACUGAGACUUUUAAUAAGAGUUUGGGAAGAGCUUCUUAUCAUAGGAAAUCGUCGCAGAAAAAGAAUAGAAGUGUCGAGGAUCCAUUGAUAAUGCCGUAUAUUACUGAAUUUUCAAUGGAGAAGACGAGAGAGAAGGAGUGGGAUGAUAUUGCUGCUGUUCAUUAUGAAACUGGUGUGGUGACAACUUGGUCUUAUGAUAAACUUAAAAUGGGACAACAUAAAUUAUUGCCGGAAGAUUUUAAACAUAAACACAGUAUUUGUGCGACUACUGUUUAUUUAACGCAUUGUGGUAAUUUUGUUAUUAUUGGAUAUAAUAAUGGAUGUGUCGAGAGAUUUAAUAUUCAAUCGGGAAUUCAUAGAGCUUCUUAUGGGGUUGAUGGUGCACACACUGGAUCUAUUAUGGGAGUUACUGCGGAUAAUUUAAAUCAAUUUGUCAUUACAGCAGGAAAAGAUGCUUUACUCAAAUUUUGGCCUUUUAAACCUCUCAAGGGACCAUUAGCAAAGUUAGAAUUGAACCAUCCUGUUGAAUUUUUACGGAAACAUGACGAGAGUUCACUCCUUGCUGUGGCAUUACAAGAUUUUUCAGUAAUUAUUGUUGAUUUCAAUGCAAGGCGAAUUGUUCGAAAAUUCGAGGGGCAUAUGAGUAUUAUUACUGAUGCGACUUUUAGUCCUGACGCAAGGUGGCUGAUUACGGCCUCUCGAGAUUCAACGAUAAGAACUUGGGACAUUCCAUCUUCCCAGGCAAUUGAUAUUUUCCAGGUUCCAAAAGCUUGUAUAAGUUUGGAUUUCUCUCCAAAUGGCGAAUAUCUUGCUACGGUGCACGUUGAUUAUUUAGGAAUUUUCUUAUGGGUAAAUCGAACAAUCUUCACUCCGGUUUCACUGAAAGCAAUUAAUUCCGAGGCUCCUGUUCCCAUUGUUCCAUUACCGGGCAUGGAUGAGUUGCAACCAAAUUCAGAACAAAAUAUCAUGGAAGUUGAAAAUGACGUGGACGAUGAAUACAAAUCACCUGAGCAAAUUAGCAAUGAACUAAUAACAUUGUCUUCUCUAGCGCAAUCAAGAUGGAAAAAUUUACUAGAUAUAGAUAUUAUCAAAAAAAGAAACAAACCCAAGGAACCACCAAAAGCACCCGAAGCGGCUCCAUUCUUUUUACCAACAAUACCAUCACUGGAACCGAAAUUUGACUUCUCGGAUGUCACAACAUCUAAAGAAAGCAACAAAAUUGAAAUGCACUCCGAUUUUCAGAAUCUCACCAUAUUUAGUAAAUUUCUCCUCUCAACUAAUGAGAAUAACAAUUUUUUGACAGCUUUCGAAAAAUUAAUGUCCAUGGGUCCCAGUGGAAUUGAUUUUGAAAUUCAAUCUCUCUCCCACAAUCCAUCGUGCUCCGUUGAAUUAAUGUUUCAAUUUAUGAAAAUGAUUCAAAAUGUACUCGAGAGCAGGAAAUAUUUCGAACUCACUCAGGCUUUUUUAGGUUUAUUUUUAAAAACUCACGGCGAAGAAUUGACGGAAAAUAAAAAAUUAUAUGACUGCUUGUGUGAAUUGCAACAAGUUCAGGAAAAAACUUGGAUCGAAUUACAAACACAAUUGUUUGAUAUUCAAAGUGUAGUGGCACACUUGAAAAAAGUCUAGAAAUAUAAGUUUAACUACAUAUUUUGUAUAUAUAUGUAAAUAGAAAUAAAAAAUACAUUUUUGUGAUUUUUCAAAAAAA